AAGAAGCUUAGCACGAUGCCGCGUGUAUAAAAGGGGCAUAAGCUCAGUGAACUUCCUGCACCGGUGUAAACCAUCAGCUCUCGUGUAGAGAAGAAAGAGUUCAGGGUAGCGCAAGGAAUUAAACAAGCGAAAACAAGAUGGUGAAGCUAGCAUUCGGAACCGUCGGCGACUCCUUCAGCGCCACCUCCAUCAAGGCCUACGUGGCCGAGUUCAUCGCCACCCUCCUCUUCGUCUUCGCCGGCGUCGGUUCCGCCAUCGCCUACGGGAAACUGACCAACGAUGGCGCCCUUGACGCCGCCGGUCUGGUGGCGAUCGCGCUCGCCCACGCGCUGGCGCUCUUCGUCGGCGUCUCCAUCGCAGCCAACAUCUCCGGAGGCCACCUCAACCCCGCCGUGACCUUCGGCCUCGCCGUCGGUGGCCACAUCACCAUCCUCACCGGGCUCUUCUACUGGGUCGCCCAGCUGCUCGGCGCCUCCAUCGCAUGCCUCCUCCUCAAGUUCGUCACCCACGGCAAGGCCAUCCCGACGCACGGCAUCACCGGCAUCAGCGAGCUGGAGGGUGUGGUGUUCGAGAUCAUCAUCACCUUCGCGCUCGUGUACACCGUGUACGCCACCGCCGCGGACCCCAAGAAGGGAUCCCUGGGCACCAUCGCGCCCAUCGCCAUCGGCUUCAUCGUCGGCGCCAACAUCCUCGCCGCGGGACCCUUCAGCGGCGGCUCCAUGAACCCCGCCCGCUCCUUCGGCCCCGCCGUCGCCGCGGGCAACUUCGCCGGCAACUGGGUCUACUGGGUCGGACCGCUCAUCGGUGGAGGCCUCGCCGGGCUCAUCUACGGUGACGUGUUCAUCGGCUCCUACCAGCCCGUCGCCGACCAGUACGCGUAAGGCGGAUGGAUUGAACCGAGUGCAACGACGCAGCGUGUCCAUCUGUGUCGUUUGCUUUUCUCUUCGCCACGUGACAUGGUCACGAAUGUGUUUGUACGAAUGAUGUGUGGUGCAUGGCGUUGUGUUCC